CUAGUUGGGGGCGGCGAAUUAACGGUUCGCCUCAUACCCUACCCGCCCCUCGCCUUCUUGCUUGGAUGAUUUUUACGAAAAUUAAGCUUUUAAACUUCGUUCCGGUCUUCGACUUCGAUUCUUUAUUCUUAAUUGUCGAAAAGUGGGUCACCCUCGGGGUCAGCCUUUUUUUAUAUUGGUCCAGGCUGUUCAAACCCUAUAAAUAUGGAUCUUUAAAAUCAACUUGACCCUUGGUUUAAUUUUUCCCAAAGAGCUGCCUUGGAUCGAUGCAUGCUGCUGCAUAGCGCGAAGUGGCGGGUUGAGCUCGUCGCAAUGCGCAGUAAUAUGCCGCAUUGCGGAGCAGUGAUCUGCCUUUCUCAUGCUUUGCCAAUGACUUGCUAACAUAGCAAUGCAACGCUACCACAAAAAAUUUGGGGUAUUAAUAAACGCCCUCACGGAAAUCCGCAUUGACUUUGCACUAGUUUUCAGCUAUAACUCCAUCUCAGCUCAGCUCAGCAUCAGCAGCGCGCCCACGAUCUUGAAGACCAUCAUCUCAAUCCAUUCGAAGUUGAUACUGCGGCGGUAACUCAUUUGAUUUGUACGUUCCAUUAUUGGAGUGAGAAGUUUGCAACCAUCACCUGCUUUUGAUUUAUACACCAUUAACUUCUUAAUAUUCCAGAAAGAUGUCCCAGGAACUCACCAUUAAUGCCGAUCAACUUACUGAGGAGCAGAUUGCAGAAUUCAAGGAGGCUUUCUCCCUCUUUGAUAAGGAUGGCGACGGCACCAUCACUACAAAGGAGUUGGGCACAGUGAUGAGGUCACUGGGUCAAAACCCUACUGAGGCUGAGCUUCAGGACAUGAUCAAUGAAGUAGAUGCUGACGGAAACGGAACGAUCGAUUUUCCAGAGUUCUUGACGAUGAUGGCGAGGAAGAUGAAGGAUACGGACAGCGAAGAAGAGAUCAGGGAGGCUUUCCGUGUAUUUGACAAGGACGGCAACGGAUUUAUCAGUGCUGCCGAACUUCGUCACGUCAUGACAAACCUUGGUGAGAAACUGACAGAUGAGGAGGUAGAUGAAAUGAUCAGAGAAGCUGAUAUUGAUGGUGAUGGACAAGUCAAUUAUGAAGAAUUCGUAACGAUGAUGACAUCAAAGUGAAGUGGAGGCCUGCCAUCCUAUGUCUGUCUUGCCUUUCAUUCGGACUUUGUAUACGCCAAUCAGUCAUCGGUCAAUUUCAUCUGCGUAUUCAACCCCCAACCAAUCAAUAAUAUACUGUAUAUAAUACGAGUAAUGUGAUGACUGAAAUAGCCAGGACGUUGUCGAUGAGGCGUGAUUGGCCUGAAGGCCCGUUUUGUUUCCCAACACAGAUGGCGCUCUUCAAUUAAUGAUCAGCACUCUCAAACCAUUGACCUAUUAUCGAGGUCCAUGCUCAAACCAUGUUAAUUAGUCAAUAAUUUUUCUGUUCCAAUUUCUCCAGUCGAUAUCAACGCAUUGCAAUGCGCUGAUGUUCGUCUCUUUACCCACCACUAUUCCCAUUUUUUAAUAAAUUAUUUGUUAACAUGAUUAUUUAUUAAAUUUGAUUUUUAAGAAAAUAUGUAAAUGUUGAAAGACUCGAAAUAAAUCUAUAUCUGAUGGUGAUAAGAAGAUACUCCCAUAACAUGUACUUGAUAUGUACAUUUCUGUGAAGUGCCUGAUGAUGUACAAUUCUUAGGGGAAAACAUUCUUUUUACUUUUUAGAUUUUUCUUUUUUAUACUUGUAAAGAUUAGUGUACUUCUAAUGUUUUGACGAGGAUUGUUUACUAUUAAAACAAACAAAAAAAGAAACAAUAAAACAAA